CUCGGACAGCGAGGGAGCAUCCGGCAAAGACAGCUAACCAGCAGAGAGACACCCACCCAAGCGACAGCAUGAAGAUAUUUGUGACGGUUCUGAUGGGGGCCCUGAGCCUGAGCCUCAUCCAGGCUGACAUCAGUUUGACCCAGGCGGGUUACAACUACCGCAUCCAGCAGCAGCAGCCACCAGUGGUGGCCCACCUGUUGAACCAGCAGCAGCAGCAGCAGCUCCAGUCCCACCAAUCCUCCCACCCAGUGCUGCCGCCUCUGCCACUGCCCUAUCUGCCUCCCGGUGGCCAGUUCCAAUCCCAGCCUGCUCCUCGUCCCACCUCCGGAUCAUUCCCCAUGCCCACCGGCUUCCCCGUCAACUUCCAGACCGCUCCCGUCCAGCAGCAUCGACGUUCCCGUCCACGGGUGAGGAUUCCCAAGCGUCCCAUUGUGACCAAGAACUUCUUCAUCCACUCGGCGCCAGAGGAAUCCGAGGAUGAGGUCCAGGACGAACUGAACCAGUUGGCCCAGCAGCCACGCAACCACUACAAUGUGCUAUUUGUAAAGACUCCGGCGCAGACGAACCGUGCGGCUGCUCUUAACUUGGCCAAGACCCUCAAGCAGGAGAAGACCGUGGUCUAUGUGCUGGCCAAGAAGACGACCGCCUCUGAUCUGCAGGAUGCCAUUGCCGAGACGCCGCAGCACAUCAACAAACCAGAGGUGUUCUUCAUCAAGUACCGCACUCCAGAGGAGGCCCUGAAUGCCCAGCGGCAGAUUCAGUCGCAGUACGACACCCUGGGAGGUAGCUCCACCAUUACCGACGAGGGCGUGGCCCCCAUUACCUCGGUGGUUGGAUCCUUGGAUCCUCCAGAGGAGGAAGAGGAGGAGCAGCAGCAGCAGCAGCAGCAGCAGUCAGAGGGUCACUUUGUGGACAAUAGCGCUGGAAAUUCUGGAGUAGGUCCCAUCGGCAACCAUUACCUGCCGCCGAAUCAGUUCUAAGUAUUCUUCAUUGCUCGUCACAUCCAGAUCUAGUUAGCUGUCAUCAACACCUCUUAGUUUUAAGUGAUUGCCAAUUGUU